UUGAAGCGCGUACUUCUUAACCCGGAAGUAUCCCUGUCCACGCGAGCCAAGCAAAAUCGUCCUCGAAACGAAGGUACCGGUGGAGAAGAGAGGAUUUAGACCCGGGGAAUCGUUUUUAAUAAAUUAGCAACCAUGAGUCUGUUAACAAAGCCCAAGUCCGAGAUGACCCCUGAAGAGCUCCAGAAGCGAGAGGAGGAGGAGUUCAACACGGGCCCCCUCUCAGUGCUCACCCAGUCAGUCAAGAACAACACUCAGGUCCUCAUAAACUGUCGCAACAACAAGAAGCUGCUCGGAAGAGUCAAAGCUUUUGACAGGCAUUGCAACAUGGUGUUGGAGAACGUGAAGGAGAUGUGGACGGAAGUUCCUAAGAGCGGGAAGGGAAAGAAGAAGUCUAAGCCCGUGAAUAAGGACCGCUACAUUUCUAAAAUGUUCCUGAGAGGUGACUCUGUCAUUGUCGUGCUGAGAAAUCCUCUAAUCACAGGAAAAUGAACUCUUAAAAGGCUGAGCUGGCCACGGAGCCGUUUCUAUUUUUUUUUCUGUUUCCUUUUUGAAGGCAGUGGAUCGUUAUUAAUGGUUGUUUUGUUUUUUUCUUGGAGGGGUGGUGAACGGUGUUUGUACUACUUUGACAGUGUCAGUUGGGCACACACGUCCUGAUUUUGUUUUAUCUACGGAAGUCUUCUGUCUUUUUCAUUUUAAUAAUAAAAGUGAUGAACAGA